AUGCGGCCCGCCCCGACUGCGCUGUGGCUGCGCCUGGCCUUGGCCCUGGGCCUGGCCCUCGUUGGGCCCCUGGCUGGGGGGCGGGCCUCUGUCCGGGCCCCCAUCUACGUCAGCAGCUGGGCCGUGCGGGUGUCCCAGGGCUACCGGGAGGCCGAGCGCCUGGCUCGUAAAUUCGGCUUCGUCAACCUGGGGGAGAUCUUCCCUGAUGGGCAGUACUUCCACCUGCGGCACCGGGGUGUGGUCCAGCAGUCCCUGACCCCACACUGGGGCCACCAUUUGCGCCUGAAGAGAGAACCCAAGGUGCAGUGGUUCGAGCAGCAGACGCUGCGGCGGCGGGUGAAGCGCUCCCUGGCCGUGCCCUCGGACCCCUGGUUCCCCCAGCAGUGGUACAUGAACAACGAGAUGCAGUCGGACCUGAACGUCCUGCAGGUGUGGAACCAGGGCCUGACCGGCCAGGGCGUCGUGGUCUCCGUGCUGGACGACGGCAUCGAAAAGGACCACCCAGACCUCUGGGCCAAUUACGACCCCCUGGCCAGCUACGACUUCAAUGACUACGACCCCGACCCUCAGCCUCGCUACACGCCCAGCGACGAGAACCGGCACGGGACCCGCUGCGCCGGCGAGGUGGCCGCCGUGGCCAACAACGGCUUCUGCGGCACGGGCGUGGCCUUCAACGCCCGCAUCGGAGGCGUGCGCAUGCUCGAUGGCACCAUCACGGACGUGGUCGAGGCCCAGUCGCUGAGCCUACAGCCGCAGCACAUCCACGUGUACAGCGCCAGCUGGGGCCCGGAGGACGACGGCCGCACGGUGGACGGCCCGGGCGUCCUCACCCGCGAGGCCUUCUGGCGCGGCGUGACCCAGGGCCGCGGCGGGCUGGGCGCGCUGUUCGUCUGGGCAUCGGGCAACGGCGGGCUACACUAUGACAACUGUGACUGCGACGGCUACACCAACAGCAUCUACACGCUGUCCGUGGGCAGCGCCACGCAGCAGGGCCGCGUGCCCUGGUACAGCGAGGCCUGCGCCUCCACGCUCACCACCACCUACAGCAGCGGCGUGGCCACCGACCCACAGAUCGUCACCACGGACCUGCACCACCAGUGCACGGACAAGCACACGGGCACCUCGGCGUCAGCCCCGCUGGCUGCCGGCAUGAUCGCCCUGGCCCUGGAGGCGAACCCGUUCCUGACCUGGAGGGACAUGCAGCACCUGGUGGUCCGCGCGUCCAAGCCGGCCCAGCUGCAGGCCGAGGACUGGAGGACUAACGGCGUGGGGCGCCGAGUGAGCCACCAUUACGGCUACGGGCUGCUGGACGCCGGGCGACUGGUGGACUUGGCCCGCACCUGGCUGCCCACGCAGCCCCAGAAGAAGUGCGCCAUCCGCGUCGUUCACAGCCCCACCCCCAUCCUGCGGCUGAUGCACGUGACCAGGAACUUGUCGGCCUGCGCCGGCCGUGGCAACUGGAUCCGCUCCCUGGAGCACGUGCAGGUGCAGCUGUCGCUGACCUACAGCCGCCGCGGGGACCUGCAGAUCUCGCUCACCAGCCCCAUGGGCACGCGCUCCACGCUCGUGGCCAUCAGGGACGCUGUACCGCUACACGCUGCUGCUGUACGGGACGGCCGAGGACAUGACCGCGCGGCCCCCGGGCCCCCAGGUGACCAGCAGCGUGCGUGUGCAGCGGGACACAGAGGGGCCGUGCCAGGGUGA